GGGUGAUGGCGUCCAAGCCACCGACGACUUCUUCAACGCUACCAGGCUAAAGGCCGCUCUGGCCAAGGCCUUGGUGACCUUCUACCCCUUGGCCGGCCGCAUCGACGAUGACGGUGAUGGCCGGGCGGAGGUCAACUGCGGUAACCAAGGUGUGCUCUUUGUUGUUGCUCGAUCGGAGGACCUCACCAUUGCUGACUUUCACGGCCGACCAUCGUCCAAGCUAAGGAGGCUCUUUGUUCCCCGCAUGGAGCCGCCCAGCAUCGUCUGCGGCGUCCAACUCACCUUCUUCAAGUGUGGCGGGGUGGCCAUCGGACUGGCGGUCCCCCUUGCCACCAUCGCUUCCUCCCCCUGCUCCCCGCCGGCGGUCCACCCCGAUGCUCUCUCUGUGUUCUGCCCAAUGGUGAAACUGUGCGAGCCGUCGGGGGUUCCUCUCAGGUCCGAGGCCUUCCUCGUCUCCAAGGACCAGCCCGAGGCUCUUAAGCAGGCAUGCGGUGGCAGAGCCGUCAGCACCUUCUGUGCCCUGACCGCCCAUAUCUGGAAAUGCGUGUCCACCACUCGGCCCAUGCCGCCGGACGCCACCACACGCCUCACCUUCCUGGUCAGCAUCCGUCGCAAAUUGGCGCCGCCGCUCCCGACCGGCUACUUCGGUAACGCAGUCAUACGCGUGGGAGUCACCAGCGAGGUGCGCGGCAUCGUCUCGGAGGAGCUCACCUCCGUGGCCAGCCGAAUCAAGGGAACCAUCAGGCGGGUUGACGACGAGCUGGUCCGGUCGGCAAUCGACUACUUCGAGCUGGCGGAGAGGGACAGCCGGCCGGCGCAGGGCAGCUUGCCGAUGACUGAGCUGAGGGUGGUCAGCUGGCUUGGCAUGCCCAUCUACGACACGGACUUUGGAUGGGGGAGGCCGGUGAUGAUGAUGCGUGCCGAGUCUGAGCGCGGCGGCCGUGUCUACAUGAUGGACGGUGACGGGGACGGCGACGGCGGCAGCGUGCGCAUCAUCAUGUGUCUCGAGGCAACAAUUAUCAAGGAAUUCCACGACAUGCUAUAUGCCAAGUUUAGCGACCUAAUCCGGUCCUCACUGUGAGAUGUAGUAUGUCUAACUAUAUACAGUACGUCUCUCUCUCUGUGUCCACAUGCACUCUCUCCUUUAGCCUAGCUUGCA